UCUACUUCUACUCCUGUAUUUGAACCUAUUUUCAAAUAAAACAAGGCCAACAAAAAGUAGAAGAAAAAAAUGUCAAAUUUUCAAAUUGACGUAAUAUGUGAAAAAGUUGAAAAAUUAUUGUGUAUCUAAAAUGGUAAAUUAAAUAAAAAAUAUGAGACCUUCAUUACUUAUUAAAUUAGUCAAUUUACAGAAUGGUAUAAUCUUGGCUGGACUAGGCUUGGCCGCUGUGGGGUUUGUCGGUCGUUAUGCUCUUAGACAAAUGCCCAAUGCUGCCAAGAAUUUUAAUGAAGCCCUUAAAAAUUUUCCAAAAUUCGAUGCCGCUUCUGUAGGGAAUUCGAAGUAUUACAAAGGAGGAUUUGAUCCGAAGAUGAAUAGAAGAGAAGCUGCUUUAAUUCUAGGAGUUAGUCCAAGUGCUAAUAAACUUAAGGUAAAGGACGCUUUUAAAAAAGUAAUGGCUGCUAAUCACCCAGACAGAGGUGGUUCUCCAUAUAUAGCAUCUAAAAUAAACGAGGCUAAAGACUUUUUAGAAAAACACUCAAGAAUUUAAGGAAUGCAUAAAAUAGUUUAUUUCCAUUGUAAAUAGAUGUAAAUAAAAAUAAUAAAUUGAAAAUCUUAAUUAUAGAC